AUGAAUGGUUUUGUCAUCUUUUCAGUUAGUAUUUUCCUUUAUUUUCGCUUUCACAUUUUUGAUCAAGGCGCUUGUAGCAACAUCGUGGCUCCCAGUAUUAAUCGUGACCCAAGCAAAACCCCCACGUUUGUACACUUCAAAGAUAAUCCCUUUCACUCGCUUCUUGUUCCACCUGUCACACAAAUCUCGGUGCAAACUAGCAAACAUUGUUUACUACAAUGCCUAAAGAACGAUGGCUGUUUUUCCACUAAUGUUGGUGCGUAUCCACGACCUGAUGGAAAUUUCACGUGUGAGGUUCUCAAUACAGACAAGUACAGUGUAUCUGAGAAGUUUCACCCAAACCAGACUUUCCACCACUACAGCAUCGUGGUAAGUAGGAAUGAUUUUUUUAAAAAAAUUGUUUAGCCAUCUUUUUCUCUACGAAAAGAUCGAGGGCAAAUACCCAUAACGAACGGCUGAAUAGAGGUCGUUCUAAGUUUCAAAGAGGAGGCGUUUCCACCUGCUGGUCCGAUUGUACAAUCAACUUGGCAAUAAAGGGAUUUGAUGAAAUUCUGUUUCUUUGGAAUCGUGCCCCAAAAAACUCCGACAUUCACUUUGGAUACCAUUUACGUUGGUCUGGUUCUUGAAACACCUGAAUCACGUUUAUGAUGUAUGGAUUGGCAAAAGAUUUUAGCUCCGAUUUUCACGGGAAGGGAACUGACUGCAACAACAAAUUUAAUAACCCGUUUAAUUGAGUCUUAAACUAUAUUUAACAGAUCAGCCAGUACUGGGAAAGUGAAGAAGCAUACUUGCAAAAAAGUUCUUUUAAUUUAGGUUGCCAAAGUUUUGAAGUAUAUGUAAACAUUUACAAAACAUGGGAAUUUUCAUUUCAGAGUCCAUGUGCGAGCUUCCCCUGCAGAAAUGGUGGUUCCUGCAUCCCACUGGCAAAUGACUACAUCUGCUCAUGCACACCGAGUUUUACCGGGGAAAGUUGUGAAAUUUGUAAGUAAGUAUAAUAACAAUAAUAACCAUUCACGACCCUGAAAGUUUGACCCACAGCUAGCACAGUGCAUGGAUCUUAAGAGGAUAUACUUGUAGCGGAGCACCAUAGGUAAAAAACUUGGUUAUCUCUGCCUCCAAGAAAUUUUAGUUCUGAGAAAAUCGUUCCUCCGUACAUGUUAGCGGAUGUGAAAUGUCACACUUAGGGUGCGUUCCUUUGGGAUGAUCCGAAUCAGGAUCACUGACGACAUCACUGGGAUCAUGAUAGAUUUAAUGAACCGACGAAUCGUUGUCCCGAGUGGAUUCAUCGGUUCAUUUGACCUACCACGAUUCGAGUGAUCACCGAUCACUGAUCCUGAUCCGGAUCAUCCCAAAGGAGCACACCCUAACUUGGUAUUGAACAUCCAUGUUAUGACUCUCUCCUCCGUAGAGGCCUCUUUGUGUUGUGGGGAGGCUGGGGAGAAAGAAAAAGAGAGCAUGUGGGGCAUUCCCAUCGUCCCCCGCGCGCUUUCGGAGAUAUGAACUCGGUAAAUUGACCUCGCUCCCAAUGUGUGGCUUCAUAGCUCAGUUGGUGGAGCAACGCACCGGUAACGCGGAGGUCACGGGUUCGAAUCCCCUGAUUUUUUUCACGCUUCUUCUUUCCAAUUGCUUAAGUUGGGAAAUUUACUGCGAUGAUCAUUCUUCAAUUUCAUCUACAACCGCAGUUCAAAAAAUGAAUUAUUUCAUAUAUACUUCACAUCAUUAAGAUUAAUUGGUAACAGAACUUCGUGUCGUUCAAUUCAGUCUGUAACCAUACUCGUGAUUAAACAAAUCGGACGACUGCGUUAAUCACUCGUAUGAUUACAGACCGAAUUGGACUCCACUCAGUCCUGCUACCAUUACUAAUCUGAAGCGGUCAAGAUUUUGUGGGAUUUUGUGAGAUGGAGAAUGACCAACAAAUCGACCAUAACAAACCAGACUUUGUUGUCCUGAUCGUGCCUGAUAAUAGACAUGCGCGCCCAUUGGAUACCAGGGUUAAGAGAAGGUAACAAGAGAAGGCGAAAACUACCAAGACCCAAAACGAGAAAUUAAACGACUAAGAAAGUGUCCUGAAGUGAAGAUCAUACCGAUUCUCAUUGGAGUUCUAGGGACGGUACCAAAGGGACUUAUCAAAGGUCUAGAAGCCUUAGAAAUGUCAUGUGCAUUAGACCUGUUACAAAAGCUUGUCUGUUAGGCUCUGAAAGUAGUAUAAAGUGCACCAGUUAGGCCUCUUUUUUGAAUGGGAAUCUCAUUAAUUUCACGCCGAUAACGUCAAGCCUUUUGUCUUUAUCUCAGGAAUAAAAUGCUGGGGAUUCUCACUAAGAUAAAUAACGUCACGUACUGGUCGUGUCUUUUCACGUGUUAAUAACUGUACUUUCGCCUAACAACAAAAGCUUUGCCUAGGCUUGCCAGAACCGGAACUAAAAUAAGAGUAUGAUUAUUUUCUGAAAGGAAUAAGCGGUAACUCAACCGUGACAUAAAAUCACUGAGUCGUACCGUAAUUAUUAGGCAAGUUCUCAUAAGCAGCCGCUUUCAUUUCCAGUUCCGGCUCACUGAUUCUUAGCGCGCACAUCGUGCAUGUUAAUGAGGGCAGAGGCGAAAAACACUUUUUCACUUUCUUCCUCCCUUUUUUGCUUCUCAACAUUUCUGAUGCUUUCCCACCACCACCACCACCAGAUUUAUAUUUGUUUUUCCUUCUCUUCCACCUGCACAUUAUCAAACUUACAUUGACCCCACACCAACCCCAUAUCGACCUCACAUCGACGCCACACUCACCUUUCAUUUCAACGCCGCUUCGUGAAUAGUGACACUAUAAACCACAUUUAAGUUAGUUUUUCUUCCACCACCACAACCAUCACAUUUCUAUUGUUUCCCCUCAUCAUCCUCCACCUCAUUUUUUCCCCUCUUCCACCUGCUCAUUUCUAUUGUUUUCACUCCUCAUUUUUACUAUUUUUCCUCCAGACAAGUUAUUUACUAAGCCAAAAAUGAAAACAGUUCUCAGUGCCUAUGUGAAAAACCUGUCUGUUGUGCUGAGAUUUUUCGACAAAAAGAAAUUAGUCACUCAGUCCGCCACUCUGACGAGUGGAAGGGUUAAAUGGGAUGCCGACGCAUUUCUAUAGUACAGCUGAUCAUCGUGGCUUGCAUUGCAGCAAACGUUCAUUUACGCAUCUACAUACUGGACUGACAAGACCAGCUUCAAUGUGGAAGGAGGAAAAACUGGAUUCGACUCUGAGGAAACGAAACUUCUCCACCCGACAUCGGUUGGUCGGAAUACGUUGAGAAAGCUGUUUGGUAACAAGGGGUCGUUGGAGCCAUAUUGCAACACAGAGGGGUUUAAUCCGGUGUGCUUUCCAAUCUUAGUAAGAAUUGUAAUCCUCUUUAAUGAUUUCUCACCACGUACACAGUGUGGAAGUUGGAUCGCAUUUGGAGCAGGCCCUUCUGGGUGCCAGCUAUUUGCACCACCAACGAUUUUGCAUGCUACGGGGUAUAUUGUGGUUAAGUGA